CGGCGGGGUCAGAGGAGGGCGGGAUUUUUUGUAGAGGUUGCCAGCAAUAUCACAAACCAAAAUCAAGUACAUCCGUCGUGGCACAAAAGGUAUUUUAGUUAUCAGAACUACGAAAAUAGAAUUUAGAGGUGUUUUGGGGCAAUUUUUCCUAAUUUAACUAUCCUGGCGGGGUCAGAGGAGGGCGGGAUUUUUUGUAGAGGUUGCCAGCAAUAUCAGAAACCAAAAUCAAGUGCAUUCGUCGCGGCACAAAAGGUAUUUUAAGUAAAAGAACUAAAAAAAAUUGGAUUUUUACGUGUUUUGAGGCAAUUUCCCCCAUUUAUAUAUCCUGGCGGGGUCAGAGAAGGGCGGGAUUUUUUGUAGAGGUUGCCAGCAAUAUCAGAAACCAAAAUCAAGUGCAUCCGUCGUGGCACAAAAGGUAUUUUAAGUAAAAGAACUAAAAAAAUGGGAUUUUUACGUGUUUUGGGGCAAUUUCCCCCAUUUAUAUAUCCCGGCGGGGUCAGAGGAGGGCGGGAUUUUUUGUAGAGGUUGCCAGCAAUAUCACAAACCAAAAUCAAGUGCAUCCGUCGUGGCACAAAAGGUAUUUUAAGUAAAAGAACUAAAAAAAUUGGAUUUUUACGUGUUUUGGGGCAAUUUCCUCCCAUUUAUAUAUCUCGGCGGGGUCAGAGGAGGGCGGGAUUUUUUGUAGAGGUUGCUAACAAUAUCAGAAACCAAAAUGAAGUAUAUCCGUCGUGAGCGAAAUUUACAAGGAGAGCGCGAAGAAGGAACCCCCAAUUGCGCCUCCGCUACGCCCCUGGCAUCGUUCGACGGGCGGCCAGUUUCAGCGUCAUAUUUUGGGAAUGUAUUGGCCAAUGUUUUCCCAAUGCAACGCGAAUAUUGGUCAUAAAAUAUUGGUUCCAAAUUAGAAUGUAAUUAAUGUCCAAUAUAAAAAAUUAAUUGAUUCAACAUUGGCCUAAUGUUGAAUCAAUAUUGAACCAAUAUUACUGUUUAGACAAAUUGGAUAAAUAAGGUGAACUGUCUACUUUACAAUAUUGGACCAAUAUUGGGAAUAUUGUCUUUACAUUACUUCUCAAUAUUGCGCCAAUGUUUUGUGCUACUAGGGAUGAGUAAUUUUAACUCUGGAAUAGUAAUCGAUCAAUUUAACGCAGUUAUAUCAACUUUUAUCGUAGUUGAAAGGAUAUCUAUAAUGUUUAUAUAACUACAUUUUAGUUGUAUUAACCUUUUACUUUUAACUAAAUUUUUUAGUUGAAACUUUUACCUUAGAUUGUUGAACAGACUAAAUUUUUAUCUAAUAUAUUUGAUUCGAUUGUAGUUAACUUAACUAAAUUUGCUCAAUUCGGAGGCUUAAUUGGUUUGUUCUACUCGAUUUUUUUUUCAGUGCAGCUGUUGAUUACCGCAAAAAAGAUGAAGAUACAGAUAAAGAAUAAUUUUUUGUUUUAUAUUCUUCUACAUUUCAACAAUUAUAUCCUUGAAAAAAUUAUUGUUCUGCCACAUGUUUAUUUUUUGUAUUUGUUAACUAAAUAUAUUUAAUUUCUUAAUGUUUUUGUUAAUUUUUUCUAUUUUGUUAAUUGUGCUGGAAUUUAAAAGUUUGAAUAAAGAUUAAGUUUUGUACCACAAAUAAGCUUGAUUCUCAUUUUACGUAAAAAAAACCCUAAAAUAAUGAAAUAAUUUGAAAAAUUAGAGUUAAAUAAUAAAAAUUAAUAGGGGAUCGGGUUUACUUCGAUCAGAGGUCGAAUGUACACCGGGUAGUCAGAGUUACCCGAGAUUUUAAAGAGAUCAGCAUUUUUAUUAUAUUUCAGAACUAAUAGGUACUAUACCGCCAAUUAUUUUAUAAAAAGUUGCGCCGAGCUAUCGGCUACCACAAAUAAGCUAUCCAAUGGUACUUUAUUUAUUGCAAUUUAUUUUAUUUUAAACGAGAUAUGACCUAAAAAUCUUAGGGUGGCCCCGGUCUUCUCUAUAUAAGUAAAAAGUAAAUGUAAAAAUUACAAUCUUUGAAUUGAAAUGAUAAAAAAAUACUUUAGCAUAUUUUAUAUUAAAAAACUAUAAUAAAUCCAUUUUUUCAGAUCUUGUUUCAAAUUCCAUGAAAUUACGAUACAAAUUUAUGAAAUGUUGAAAACAAAUAUACAAAGAUAAUUAUUUAUCGUAUACAGAAAUUUUUGAAUAGUUUAUCAGAUUUAGAAAUGGUAGAAAGUUUUAAAAAUUGACAAACAAUCAGAUAUAAGAAUUGACAUAUACCGAUACAAGAUUGAUCGCUCGGAAGAUAUAAAUGAAACAAUAAAUAGACGGUCGAUUCGCAAUCAAAUCAUCGAUAAUUCUCAAUUAUUCGAAUUUGAAAAUAAAUAAAAAAUAAAUUCUGAUUCGAUCUAAAUUCGAAUUCGGACAUUUGCACACCUCUAUUUGUACUUUUUUGCGAGAUAUUCACUUCGAAUAAUUUUUUUUUGUAAUCAUAAAAUACUUAAGCUAAAAAGCAAUUAUAUAACUUAUUUGUUAUAGUAUAUUUUUAUUUUGCUUAAUUCUAAAUAAACUUAACUGUAACAAAAUAUCGUUCAGCUUGCAUUUUUGCGGGGAAUUCAUUAUUUUAUUAUUAUUAUAAAAAUUUUUUGUAAAUUGAACAAUAUCAUGAAAUUAGAUAAACAGAUGUCUUAUUCAAAAAGUUAAAAAUUCUGUAAGUUAUUUAAAUUUUUAUGAAAAGCAAAUUAUGUUCGCAAAGAAAUUAUUAUUUUUACUAUUUAUGUUCUUUAUAAAAAAGCUACACACAAACUAGAUCUUUUUCAAUCUUCUAUCUUAUUUGCUGUGUGUAAAAGUAUUUCGAAGAAAAUCAACUUAAGGAGGUGAAAUUAGAAACUUCACCUUUUAAAAUGAUUUUAGAAAAAUUGUAUGGUUUUUUACAAAGAUUUUAAAGAUCGACGGGACUUUAGAUCUGUGUUUUUUAGUAGACAUUUUUUUGUCAAGAAAUAUAUAAUCUUUGUAUCAAUUAAUAAACUUGAUUUAGUCUUAGUUUCAAUUGUUUAAUGACAUAAGUUAUUCUAGUUUCAAGAUAUUAAGAAACGAUCGAUUAAAUUUUCUUACCAAAGAUCUGUCUCUCAUAGUCUCUCUUCGGCAAAAUUCAAAAGUUCUCUGAUUGUUCUGUUAAAAUUUUAAUAUAUCCGACAGAAUCUGCACGACGCGAAGCCGAAGAUUGUGUCAUCGAAUCUAGCGCUCGACAGUAAUCACACAGUGGUCGAUAUCAAAGAGGAGCUAACAUACAUGAGCAGUAGUGAGGAUUUGAAGAAGGGCCACAACGAGUACAUUCUCAAAAGAAUUCCAGCCGGUGCCGAGGCGACAGUCGUACUUGUCGGCGCAGUCGAUUUUCUGGAUCAGCCAACGAUUGCCUUUGUACGAUUGGCCGAAGGUGUAUAUAUGCCGUCCAUUACGGAAGUCACGAUACCGGUCAGAUUCAUGUUUACUUUGUUGGGGCCGAGAAAUGCAGAUCUGGACUAUCACGAGAUCGGCCGUUCGAUCUCUACCCUGAUGGCAAACACAUCGUUCCACAAGAUCGCUUACAAAGCCAACGAAAGGCGAGAGUUACUUUCAGCUAUCAAUGAGUUCCUUGACGAUUCAAUUGUACUGCCACCUGGCGACUGGGAGAGACAGGCCCUGCUACCAUUUGACGAACUCAAGGCGAAAAGCGAGGCCAUUAGAAAACGGAAGGCGAAAGCGCUCGAAGAAAAGAGCAAACCGGUGCAAAGUGAGGCAGCCGUAAAGAAAGCUCUUCUCGCCGGCGAGGAAGAAAAGAAGCCACCUGAGGACGAUGACGAUCCGUUGCGACGUACCAGACGACCAUUCGGCGGCCUCAUCAAUGACAUUAAACGUCGCUAUCCUUUCUAUUUAUCUGAUUUUACGGACGGCCUGAGCUCGUCCUGUCUCGCGGCGGCCAUCUUCAUGUAUUUCGCCGCACUGUGUACCGCUAUCACCUUCGGCGGCCUUUUGAGCGACAAAACGCAUAAUGUAAUAGGUAUCUCCGAGACUCUGGUCUCCGGCUCGUGGACGGGCGUGAUAAUGGCACUAUUUGCAACUCAACCGUUGGUGAUUAUCGGCACGACCGGUCCGCUGUUGCUCUUUGACGAGAGCUUGUACAACUUCUGUUUGGCGAACGAGCUCGAGUUUCUCACCGUGCGAGUGUAUGUUGGCGCCUGGAUGGGUAUCAUUGCUCUGGCAAUCGCUUCCGUUGAAGGUUCGGUCCUCGUGCGACUUUUCACGCGCUUCACCGAGGAGAUUUUCACGGGACUGAUCUCUAUUCUUUACAUCGUUGAGACGUUCAUCAAGCUUUACAACUAUUUUGUCCGUAAUCCUCUUCUUCACGAGUAUAACUUCGGGCCGGGCCUCAAUGAGACAACUUAUCCACUUUAUAUUACCGAAAUGAAGGUCACCAGAUCGCCAUGGAACGGGACCGAAGAAAUUUUGCGCUUGAAAAACGUUCGCGAACUAGUGCCGAGCCGCGACAUGGCCGAAUUGUCGAUUAAUCAGCCCAAUACAGCUUUGAUGUGUACUAUACUUUGUUUGGGUACCUUUCUGGGUGCCUAUUACUUAAGGAUCUUUCGUAACAGCCACUAUCUGGGCCGUAGCGCUCGUAGAGCCUUCGGAGAUUUUGGUGUGCCUAUUAGCAUCAUCGUCUUCGUUCUGAUCGACUAUCUAUUUAUGGUAAAAACGGAAAAGCUGCUAGUUCCCGAAGGACUUUCCCCAACUAUACCCGGUAGAAAUUGGUUCGUGUCUCCCGCUGGAUUCGAGAAACCUAUACCGCUUUGGAUGGCUUUAGCUUGUGUGGUGCCAGCCUUACUAGUUUACAUCCUAGUGUUUAUGGAGACUCAAAUAUCGGAAUUGAUCAUUGAUAAAAAAGAACGUAAGCUGCGAAAGGGCAAUGGCUAUCAUAUGGACAUCGUGGUAGUCUGCCUGAUGAACGUGGGAUGCGGGCUGAUGGGUGCACCUUGGUGUUCCGCCGCGUCAGUGCGUUCCCUCACUCAUGUAUCCGCCGUGACAGUGAUGUCACGCACCCACGCACCUGGUGACAAGCCGCACAUCGUCGAAGUAAAAGAGCAACGAGUGAGCGCUCUCCUUGUCGCCAUACUUAUAGGCGUAAGCGUGCUGAUGGCACCUCUGCUGCGGCGAGUACCGAUGUCCGUCCUUCUCGGUGUGUUCCUCUACAUGGGCAUCUCGUCGACAAACGGCGUGCAGUUGUUUGACCGCGUUAAGCUCUUUUUCAUGCCGGUCAAGCACCACGGUACAGCGAACUACGUACGCCGCGUGCAAACCUACAAGAUGCACAUCUUCACUUCCAUACAGAUCCUGUGCCUAGCCGUAUUGUGGAUAGUUAAAAGUACAAGGGCCGCCCUGGCCCUACCCUUCUUCCUCAUCUUAAUGAUACCGUUACGCGCUCAGAUGAGUCACUUCUUCACCACCGCGGAGCUGCGCGCCCUCGACAGUAAGGGACCCGAACAUGAAGUUGAAGAUGAGCUGGACUUUUACGAGGAAGCUCCUUUACCUGGUUAGAUUGUGCCUUAAUCGACUACUCCAUAUCACGGCGUAUCUUUCUCUCCAUCUCUCUCUUUCUAAAUUUGCCCCUCUUUCAAAGUUAUCUACUCAUAUACCUGUCUUAUAUCAGGGUCUUUUUAUCUAGUGCCGAUUCACAAAUACAGAAUUCUAUUUUCAUCAGAUUGAUAUAUAACGUCCAUUAUAUAUACGCAUAUAUAUAACGUCCAUUGAUGAGGUUCAUGGAUAAAAUGUCAUGUAAUUCAAAUAGAGAUAUAAGACAUAUAAUGCAGAAUUAUCAUAACAGUUAUUAGACUGUUGAAUCUCGUUUGCACAAAUUUUUGAUUAUUUUGUUUUACAGAGGUUUUUAUUCUAUAAUAUUUUUUUUAUUUUGAAACGCACGAAUAUUUAUUUUUAUUGUUAACUGUUAAAACUAAUAUUACAUCUGCCUAUACAUUUAGCAAUUUUUAAAAAAUUAUAUGAAUAGCCUAACUGUAUAUUUCAAAAUAAUUGAAUUAUUCAUGCAUGCCUAAUGGACGAUACGAUUUGCGUUCCUGAAAUUAAGUGGAAAACCGGUGCCUCUGAGUGCCUGAUGUUUGCGCUUGAUGAUACAACGCUCAGGAGAAGUUUAUGUAAUGGCACACAUAAGAAUAGUGCCAAAUCAAAAUAUUAUGAGAACAAUGUUUUUCUAAUGAUGAUUUCCAAGGUAUAAUGUCACAGAUCAUUCUUUCUUCCUUUUUUUUUAUAGAUGUAUACACUGAGAAAAAAUUUAUUAGUAGUUUAACUCUAAACUAUUAAUUUUAUUUUAUUAAAUUAUUAAAUUUUGCAACUUGAUUAAAUUUCCUUUCACAUAUACAGUUUACAAGUAUUUAUAUAUUUAAUUGAAAUUCCAACUUUUAUGCAUUUAAGUUAAAUGUAAUAUACUUAAAUUAAAAAUUAAGUAUAUUUUAUAUUUAAGUUAACUCUUGUGUCCACGACCAAAUUUACCUACGUGAUUCUAUAACCGAGGUACACGUGUACCCACUGUCGGAAUUUCAUCCGUAAAUGCUUCAUAGCAUGGAAAGUUUGCUCUGGUGGGAUAAUAUUCGACAUCUGCGAUGUAUUCAAGAAGAGCUGAGAUUUUUCAGGUAUAUAGUCCGCUCUUACUCACAUAAAAUCUUUUAAUGAGUAUUAAUUGUUUUUGGAAUAUUGUACGUUUUGAUGGCUUUAAUACACGCCAAUAACGAUUAAUUGAAGAUAAAACUGCUCUUACCCGAGAUAUUUGAGAUAUAUUGAACUUCAAUUUACAAAAAAAUGUACAGGCCAACGGAAAAUUUGAUUAUAGAUGAACAAUUUUAUUCUUACCUAGGUAGAACAAGAUUUACAAAAUACAUUCCAUCUAAGCCAGCUAAAUAUGGAAUAAAGAUAUAGUGGAUUUGUAAUACCGAAAAUUCUUAUCCAUUGAAAGGCUUGUUUUACACGGAUAAAGUAGAUGAGGCACGUGAAAGCAACCAAGGAGAAAGAGUUGUCAAAGAACUCGUACAGCUGUAUAAAGGAUCUAAAAGAAAUAUCCGCAUGGACAAUUUUUUCACGUCUUUGCCACUAGCUAAGCAUCUAUUAUUUUGGAAUUUAACUUUGUUGGCACUCUAAAGAAAAACAAAUUUUAUAUAUCAAAAGCCAAGGCUCCUUCCAAAACUAAAGCAGAAUUUUCAACAUUAUUCGGUUUUCAUGAAAAAGUGACCAUUUGUUCUUAUGUACCGAAAAAAAAAUAAA